AUGGCCUUCCUCGCCGACCUCGCCAAUGUCAUUGACGGCGCCACCGCCAUGGUGGCCGCCCUGCAGAGCUACGGCGCCGACAUCUCGCUCUGGGCCCCGCCGCAGACCGAGAGGGACGGGUACUGGCCGGACGCCACUUCGGCGUCACCAAGCGGAGAGGCCGCCCGGAAGGAGCUCCCGCGGCCGGGGACACCGCCGGACGCAACAGUCUGCAAGGAGGGCAGAUGCCAGUUCAGAGCGGUUCAGGCGGCGGUAGGCGCUGCGCUGAUUGACGGGACUUUCGAUCAUAGCUUGUCUCUGUCCUUCGUCACGGGUCACGGUGUGAGUGGAGAUGGCUUCAAGGCCCGGGACCUGGCCUUCGCCAACACCGCUGGGCCGGACAAGCACCAGGCCGUGGCCUUCCGCUCCGACAGCGACCUCUCCGUGCUCGAGUCGGUGGAGUUCCUCGGCCACCAGGACACGCUCUACGCCCACUCCCUUCGCCAGUUCUACAAGUCCUGCCGCAUCUCCGGCACCUCGACUUCGUCUUCGGCAACUCCGCCACCGUCUUCUGCGACUGCCUCAUCUUCAUCCUCCCCCGCCAACUCAACCCCGAGCACGGCGAGUCCAACACCGUCACCGUGA